AUGGAUAAUUUAACACUUGUUUGGCUCGAUACAGAAAUGAAUAAUCGAUCAGAGAAUAUUGAUAUUCAAAUAAGACUAAAAAAUGUUAUUAAUUAUCUUCGGAUAUUUGAUCAAGUUGAAGCAUGUGAACAAUAUAUUGAACGAGUCGGUGAAAUAAAUACUAUUAAUAAAAUCAACGAAGAAAAAUUACUUUUGGUGAUUUCAACAACACUUCCCUUAACAAUUAUUUCACAUGUUCGUGACCUUCCUCAAGUGAAAGAUAUUUAUAUAUACAGAAAAUCAAAAACGCAUGAUACAACUAUUCAAGAAUUUUUAAAAAAUUAUACCAAAGUAUAUAUGCAAUAUUAUAAUAUUCUUUGA